AAAAACAUAUAGGCCCCAUUACUUGUUUUAGGCUGGACCACAGGUUUUCUAGCUUUUGCAAUGUGUUCCACAGGUUAAACUUUCUAGAUCUGCAAAAAGCUAUGGAAAAUUACCAAAGCAUCCUCUUUUCUUUUCUUUUCAUUUCCAUUUCACAUUCAUUUCUCAUUCAAUUCAUCCUAAGUUACCAAAGCUUGAUCUCUCUCGAUGUACCAUUGACUUCCUAAUUUCCCUCACCAAAUUUCUUAAACCUGUCUCAUGGUCUGUGCUUCCUUUUCUGAUUGAAUCGAAUCGUCUCUUCUGGUGUUCAACAUCUUUUCUGCUUGCAAGCUUGUUUUGCUACCAACUUCAAUUAUCAUCUCUGUCACACAGCGGCAAGGGCAUUCUUUUGAAGACACAAUAUCAUAUUAUCAGACCAGAAGGCCACAGAAGAAAAAGGAGAAAAUGGUUCUGCCAAAGGGUCCAUUUUGGGAGUAUGUUAAGGAGACUGGUGAAAGUAGGCAGUGUACGUUUUGUGGGCAUCCAUUCUCCAAUCAAACUCCGAUUACCAGGUUCAAGCUUCAUUGGUCAGGAGUUCAAAGGCGUGGAACUACAAUUUGUGACAAAGUGCCAGAACCUGUUCGAGACGCAGCUUUCACUGCUGUUGAUGGUCCUCCAGAAAAGAAACUUACAACCACAGCUACGUCAAGCAAUGAUGGGGCACACAAUACAAUUUCAACUUCUUUGCUAGAACAAAACAUUCAAGUUGGAAAUGUAGUGACCGAUGUAGAAACGGAACCAGAAUUGUAUUUUCCCUCACCUGGAGAACAAGAAUUCGUGCAGACGAACAUGGGAAAUUUUCAGCUUGAUAGGGUUUCUAGUUUUCCUGGAGACCUGAUCCCUGGUGAACAAGUGGAGCAAGAGCGUGGAAGAAAUGCUCAGGACAACUUACCUUUGUCCGUGGAGGAUUAUAGGAUUGAGAGCACGAUCGAGGAAUUGAACCAGCUUGUUGUGAGAGGUGGCUCUCCUGAGAGGCUUACAGUUAAUGAAGAUGAGCCUAGAGAAGAUUUGUCCCAACCAACUGAUCCACUGUGUUUUGGCCUUGAAAGGCAUUAUGAUCAACCAUCUUCUUCCUCAGUCAACAAUGAUGUCAUGAUGAUUGAUGUGGAGAAUAUGAUUGGAGAACAUUUGCAGCCUGUUGUGAGACAUAGCUCUCGUGAAGGUCUUCAACCUAUUGGCGAUGAGAGCGGACGAGAUGUGUUUCUAACUGAAGAACUAAUAGGUGGAGAGUUUGAAAAUAAUAAGAAUGCUAUCUGGUCGUGGAUAAUGAAUGAUAUUGAAGCCUCAACAAGUAUUGGCAUUUACGGGAUGGGGGGUGUGGGCAAAACAACAUUGCUCACACAUAUCUACAAUCAGCUUCUACAAGAACCUGGCACUUUUCCCCAUGUUCACUGGAUCACGGUAUCGCAGGAUUUUAGUGUUUCUAAAUUGCAGAAUCUUAUUGCAGAAGACAUUCAUUUAGAUCUUUCAAAUGAAGAUAACGAGAGGAAAAGGGCUGCAAAACUGUCAAAAGCAUUAAUUGAGAAACAACGGUGGGUUCUCAUCUUAGAUGAUUUGUGGGACUGUUUUGAUUAUAAUAAGGUGGGAAUUCCUAUCAGAGUGAAGGGAUGCAAGCUAAUUCUUACAACUCGAUCAUUUGGAGUUUGUCAGCGGAUGUUCUGCCAGAAGACAAUCAAAGUGGAGCCUCUUUCAAUGGAAGAAGCUUGGGCUCUGUUCAUGAAGGUGCUUGGAUGUAUUCCUCCAGAAGUGGAAGAAAUUGCAAGAUCUAUUGCAAGUGAAUGUGCUGGUUUGCCUCUUGGAAUUAUAACAAUGGCCGGAACCAUGAGGGGAGUGGAUGACAGAUGUGAGUGGAGGAGCUUAGAGGACCUGAAACAAUCAAGAAUUAGGAAAGAUGAUAUGGAGCCUGAGGUAUUCCACAUACUGAGAUUUAGUUUUAUGCACUUAAAGGAGUCAGAACUGCAACAAUGCUUCUUGUGCUGUGCAUUAUUCCCGGAAGACUUCAGGAUCCGUAGAGAGGAUUUGAUAGCUUAUUUGAUUGACGAGGGAGUGAUAAAAGGGCUGAAGAGUAAGGAGGCAGAAUUUAACAAAGGCCACUCGAUGCUGAAUAAACUCGAAAGAGUCUGCCUAUUGGAAAGCGCUAAGGAAGAGUUUGAUGAUGAUAGAUAUGUCAAGAUGCAUGACUUGGUUAGGGAUAUGGCCAUUCAAAUACUGGAAAAGAACUCUCAAGGCAUGGUUAAAGCAGGUGCACGGUUAAGAGAAGUGCCGGGUGCAGAGGAGUGGACAGAGAAUCUUACUAGAGUUUCACUGAUGCAUAACCAGAUUGAAGAAAUUCCUUCCACGCAUUCACCGAGGUGUCCCAGUCUUUCAACUCUAUUGUUAUGCGACAAUUCACAGUUGCAAUUUAUUGCAGAUUCAUUUUUUGAGCAGUUGCAUGGGCUCAAGGUUCUUGAUCUGUCAUUUACAAAGAUCACAAAACUACCUGAUUCUGUCUUUGAAUUGGUGAGUCUCACUGUAUUACUGCUCAUUGGUUGUAAGAUGUUAAGGCAUGUACCGUCAUUAGAAAAGCUCAGGGCACUGAAGAGGUUAGAUCUCUCUCGUACUUGGGCACUUGAAAAGAUUCCUAAGGCAUGGAAUGUCUAUGCAACCUGAGGUAUCUUAGAAUGAAUGGAUGUGGUGAAAAGGAGUUUCCUAGUGGGUUGUUA